AUGACGCACAUGCUUGUGCUCCUGGCGAGCACUAUCUUCUUCACCACACUCGCUACUACCGUUGCCGCAAUGUCUGUCACCUACGAUAUCAGCUAUAGCACGGCCUCUGCCCUCACUUUGGAUGUUGUCGUCUUCCGACUGCUUGAACUGUUUUCACUCUUUGUCCGCGGCUUUUUCGACUUCCUCCAACAUAACCUUCUCAUGCCUCGAUGGGCCUUCUUCAUGCUGGUGAUCGCCUUCGUCUUGCGCUCUGCACCCCCGCACGUGGUCGGAAAACUAGGUGAUGCACUUGUUGCUCCUACAAAGUCGUUCGUACAUAUAUUGCGGCUUUACCUUGAUCAUCGACAAGAGGCCAAUACCACUAUCAUUACGCUGCAAAAGCGAGUAGCAGAUCUCGAGGAAGGAGCCAUACUGUCAGAGAAACUCAAGCGUAAUAUGAUCAAGCGCGAAAUCUUUGAUUCUACGCUCGCGUUCUACGAUGGAAUGAUCGCUGAGCUCCAGAUGAAUACCACCAGGCUUGAGUGCCGACUCAAAACCUCCAGAAACGCCAACAUUGCUCUCCAGAAGGAUUACGACGCCGCUUUAUACAAAAACACCCUUCUCAGAAGUGUCUGUAACGCCAAGAAGCAACGAGCCAACGAAGCAUCGCACAAGGCUGAGAUGGUUCGGAUGAACCAGGUCGUCGUUGAUUGCACCACCCAGAUCAUCGAGCUUGAGUCAAAAAUAUCGUCUUUGAAGACUCGGCACAGCAACGAGGGGCGGGACCGACUGGCAUAUCAUAAGGCACAGCGUGAGUUCCAGGGGCUACUCAACGCUAGAGAUAUCACGAUAGACCUCCGUAACGCAAACAUCAACUCUUUGGAAAUCGAGGUACAAUCCAAGAACACCACCAUCCACCAGCUCGAAAAACAAGUGAUUAUGUUCAACAACCUGAAAAAACUCCUCCUGUGUUUGGUUGAGACGGGCGAUCAGCGCCAACAGAUUGCCGUCGUCAUCUGCGUAGCUUACUUUCUGAGCUGCGGCAUUGACGUUACUGAGCUUGGUAUCGAUCCUCUCCAGCUUCAGACGUAUUCCGACUGGGCCACCAUGGUUAUUAAUAAUUGCCCCAGUCCACUGGCUCCUACCGAAGGCCUUCGCCUGAAAGGCAUUCGGUAUACAUUGUCUCGGUCGUUCGUUCGAGAUGGACAGACGUUUGCAGCCAACAAACUAUUCUUUAAUCAGCCCCUUUCCUCUUCGCAGCCGCAUUGGAGUCCUCCACAGCACAUCGACAUGGACGUUGCAAGCCCAAUUUUUGGUUUGAAUGGACUUGGAAACGCUUCUGGGCAGCGCUCAACCUCAUCAGCUGAUUUCGAUAACUAUACGCAUCAUUCGACAGAGCGUGAUACUCGCAGGGUAACCUCUUCGGAGCCCGUUCCAGCUCUGAGUGAAUCCAAGACCACCUCUCUCGCCGCUUCUCAGCAGCCGUCAACCCCAUCUGAUGUAGACAACUCCACGAUCCACUCAACGCAACCCGACAUUCCAGCGACGGCCUCCACGCCUUUGUUCGUCUUCACUCCGUCCCCCAACACCGAUCCUUCCAAUCCCACGGGCGCGCCCAUCAGCGAUUCCAACCCCGCCGCGAGCGUAGGGCUCACCGACGCAUUCCAAGCAGGCAAAGCGCCGGGAACUUUCGGCACUGCUGCCUCUACCUCCAGCCUCGAGGAUCGCACCAGCUCCACGCCUUCGCGCAGUUCUGCAUCGAAUUCAAAAUCUGCUCUUGGCUCCGGCACUGGCUGCGUUGAUGCUUCUCGUGUUUCACAGCAAAAGAAGAAGAAAAGUGCUGUCCCAUUAAAACUCAGCGACCCCUUGGCCAACCUCGGCGCAAAGCUUGGUGGUAAAUCUAAGAAACGACACUAG